AUGCUCCAUGAAGCAGAUAUUGCAGCUGUUAGGCGAGCUUUAGAAAAAUCCGGAGCUCCAUUUGAAAAUUCACUGCUUCCACUGGACUCAAUCGACUUUGGAGAAAAGUUCAAUGAUUUACUUGCAAAAAAGACUCAAGCCAAAGAAGUGAAGCAACGAUGUUCUGCUUUUCUUGUACGCUUAGUAAGAGACCUCUCAACCGUCAAACCCAACAUUAAAGAUUUUCCAUGGCAGUUAGGUGAUCCCAAUAUUGACCGAGAGGCUGUUAUAACACAAUGGCGCGUAUUAAGCACUAUGCGCAUUGAGGAGAUAAUCGGAACAGCUGCUUCUCCUAAUGACAUUGUAAAUGUUUGGAUACAAGUGCUAAAAAUGAAGAAUGCUGGUGGAAGCCUGAUGUUUAAAGAACUAGCAGAGUUUUCGAUACGAUGCCUUUCAUUACCUUUGAGUAAUGCCGUCGUUGAAAGAAUUUUCAGCGUAAUGGGGACAAUCAAAACAAAAUUAAGGAAUCGUAUGCAACUACACAUGCUGAUCGGAAUUCUUAGGAUUUGUACCCAUAUGAAUGUAAGAGGUUUGUGUUGUAACAACUUUCAACCAAGCAACCACAUGGUGAGUUUGCACGCUGGCAGAAAAAUGUAUGUCUCCGGUGGAUCUUGCGCCAGUACUAGCACAUCAACUACUACUGAAGACGGCGAAAGUCUUGGUGAUGUCUUAUUAUUGCUAGCAGAAGACGAAUCAGAAUAA